AUGGCCUCACUCGAUUACUCAACUACUGCCCACUCAUCGAACGGCUUGGACAACGGGAACGGCCAAGACGUGAUCCAAACACCUUCCAUAUGGACAGUCAUGCAAGACUGGAUCGAUGCCCUGCCAGCAGGAACACCCACCCAAGAAAAAAAUCGACUGAUUCUACAGAAAGAGCUGCAAUGGAUUCUUGACGAGUUUGAUGGGAAGGAGACCAUCGGGGAAAACGGCCUUGUGUUCUCACACAAUGAUCUUAUCCCCGGAAAUAUCAUCAUUCAAUCGGAUGACGAGGACUUGAUUGCGACGGACAGCUCUAAACCUGUCAAAGUCACCUUUAUCGACCAUGAAUGUGCAAUGUCCUGCCCCGCCGCCUUCGAGAUAGCCAGUCAUUUUGCUUGUUGGAUUGGAAACGAGUGUGACUAUACCAAGAUUCCCUCGAAAUACACUCGGCGGCAAUUUCUCGUCGCAUACACCAAGAGUUACUGCCAGCACCGCGGGUUGAGUCCAUCGGCAGAAGCUGAACUUCUCGAGCGCUUGUCUGAAGAUGUUGAUCGUUACCGAGGAAUCCCGGGCUUCUACUGGGCUUUGUGGGGAUUCGUUCACUCCGAAACCUCUGAACUGGACUUCGACUCUGCCGCCUAUGGUAAGCAACGGCUGGAGGAGUACUAUGCCUGGAAACGUGAAUAUGACGGCAGCCGGGCGAAUACUGGUGAGGAAAUGCCCUUCCGGGAGCAACGCUGGGCAAGAGAAGAAUAA